UAGCCGUAGUGCUUGAAGCUCAACUAGCUUUGCUGACUUCAACUUGUGCAACUGUAUACGUUUUAGAUUUAAGUGUUCCUUUUCUUUUAUUUGUUUAUUUCUUUUGUAACCGUAUGAUGGAUCUUGUACUGUAUGCUGUAGCAGCUGUCAUUCUUCUUGCGCUCAUUGUGUUUACGUUGAGGUUUCGGCGGAUAGCACAGGAAGAUGUUGAAGAGCAGAGGAGGAAUGUUCUCCCAGCAGCACGUCACAAUCUGGGGGCACCAGAGGAGCGAGGAGCUGGCAUGCCUCGUCGAAGGAGAAAUCUGGCUACAGUGAUGGCCAACAGGCAACCGCAGAAUGAAGCAUUUGAAAAUGGAGAAAACCUUAUGGAGGAGGAAGAGGUGGACCAGCAGACUGCCCAGCCAACAGCCAGAGUUGGAGCAAAGAAGCAGAGGAAAUUGGAGGAGAAACAGGCUAAAAAAGCUCAGAGAGAGGCAGAGAUUGAAGAGCGGGAGGAGAGGAGGAGGUUGCAGGAACUCCGAGAGCAAGAGAAGCGUCAGGAGGAGGAGAAGGAGCGACUGCUGGAACAGCAACAGGAAGAGGAGGAGCUCCGAGCCAAGGAGGAGGAAGAGAGGAGACAAGAGGAGGAAUACUUAAGGCUCAAAGCCUCCUUCAUUAUAGAAGACCAGGGAGAGGAACAGCAGCUCACUGAAGAUCAGUCACAGAGUCUGCUCAAGGAAUUCAUCCAGUACAUAGAGAAAUCUAAAGUGGUUCUCCUGGAGGACUUGGCUUCUCAAUUUGGCUUGAGAACACAGGAUGCUAUUGUGAGGCUCCAGGACUUGUUAGCCAACGGCUCUAUCACAGGAGUGAUCGAUGACAGAGGGAAGUUUAUUUCCAUCACUCCAGAAGAAUUGGACUCUGUGGCCCAGUUCAUCAAACGCAGGGGCAGAGUUUCAAUUACAGAGUUGGCCCAGGCCAGCAACUCUCUGAUCAACCUGAUUCCUGAGAGCUGCAGCUCUGCUUGAUCUGUUCAUGAAGGCUCAAGUAUGAAGACCACAGGAUUUAACAGCUACCAAAGCAAAGACUCUGUACUUGUGCAGGCGGAGUUGUACAGUUUUGGUGGGAAUUACGUAUAUGCAUCUUUUUUUUUUUUUUUUUUUUUUUUUUUUUUUAGUGCAGAUUUUAAAAUCACUUCAGAAAAAAAAUGCAAAUUAACAAAUCGUGUGAAAUCAGAUUUUCCACUAAAAUGCUCUUAUACCACCAGCAGUGUCAGAGGUGGUAUCCCUGGAUCUACUAACCAUAAUAACAUGUUGGAUCCUGGUUUCAGUGACCAGAGUGGAACCUCUGAACAUGAUGUCCUAAUACUGUUGAUGCAGCUUAGGAGAGCAAUAAUGUUCUCAUGGGAAGAUGCUGAGUUCAUGUGCAGAGCUGUCUGGUCCAUUGAAAUGCCCAGUUAGUGGACUCUGACCACAGAUGUUUAGCUUUCUUAAAGAUUCUAGUUUCUAGAAGUUCCUAAAUCUGGCUAGUCUUCAAGAUGAGUUUUUGAGAACAACCGUCUUGAGACAGAUUUAACAUUUAAAUACUGUAUUGUAUUUAUUAAUGAUUGAUGUAAAUUAAGUCUAAGACGUAUUCAGUGACUUGAAAAUGUUUGUGUUCAUCUGUACAGAAAACUGGCUGUCAAAACAAUCAUCUACUAUCAGUUCACUAAAGAAUGCCAAUAACUGAAAUGCGUGUGAGGGUCGGAUGACAGGUUCUGCCUCCAGUGUAAUUAUUUCAAUAACAAGCAAGAUACUAGCGUGAAUCACAAAUCUCCUUAAAGGUUGUAAUUUCCUCAGUAAGGCAGUGUCAUUACCUUUCACCAAUUGUAGUACUAGUUUCACUUCAGUAUCUUGCAUCUAAUUGAAAUAAUCCAGCUGUAGGCAGAACUCUUCAGAUGACCCUUGUACUUUUUUUUAUUUUACUUUGUGCAUUUUUAAUGAUCAGUAAAUUGACAUUUUAUAUAUAGUGUACAAAAUGGGUUCAUUUACAUUUAUUUUCAACAUAUUUCAGUUUGUCUUUCAUGUAUGAGGAGUGCCAGUAGCUGUGAUCAGUUGUGUGUGUUGCUCGGAAUGAGUUUAUCGAUCACCUCAUCUACCCAGCGCAAGAUGAUCAGUGCAUUGCAACAAUGACUUGCUCCUUCUUAGAACACACCAAAAGUUCUGCAAUUGUUGCUGUUCAUCCAGUGUGAAUCCAUGUACGUAUCUUCAAAUUAAAGAUGAUCGUUAAGGGG